GCUCUUUCAUUUUCAAGAUGGCGACCCAGUUUGAUUUGACCACGCGGAUCACACAAUAUUUAGAUCGUCAUUUAGUAUUUCCCUUGUUAGAAUUUUUAUCAUUUAAGAAGGUUGGUUUAAAAAUUUAUUCUUAUUAUUUUAUGAUUUAAUUCAAUGUAUGUUUUUGCUUAACUCGUAAAUACUAGUUAAUACAAAAAUACUCAGAGCCGGUUAGAUGUAACAUACGCUGAUAAAUAAUUUGUUAUAAACAGAUUUAUGACGGAAAUGAGAUUCUUAAAGGAAAGCUGGACCUUCUAUCCAAUACAAACAUGGUUGACUUCGCUAUGGAUCAGCAUAAAGCGCUGUACCCUGACACCGACGUACCAAAGAGUCUGUACGACAAACGUACUGAAGUAUUCAAUGACUUAAAGCAGAUGAGAGAACAGACCGAACCCAUUAUGACCAUAAUGCAGAAGGAAGAAGUCUUGAAAGCUAUUCAAAGCUCCCGAGACGGAAGGCAAUUGUUUGAAAUUUUGAAUAAGGAACAUGAUUUUCAACAAGAAAUGAUUGAUACCUUGUAUCGGUUUGCUAAAUUUCAAUUUGAAUGUGGCAACUAUGGAGGAGCAGCAGACUAUCUAUAUUUCGUUAGGGCUCUUAUUCCAUCAACUGACAAAAACUAUCUCAACAGUCUUUGGGGAAAAUUAGCAUCAGAAAUUCUUAUGCAAAACUGGGAUUCGGCCCUCGAUGAUUUGAACCGAUUAAAGGACGUUAUAGACAGCAACACUUUUGGUAGUGCUUUGCAAAGUCUUCAACAGCGAACAUGGUUAAUUCAUUGGAGCUUAUUUGUGUUUUUCAAUCAUAACAAGGGACGAGAUUUAAUCAUUGAUAUGUUUCUCUAUCAGCCGUCAUAUUUGAAUACCAUUCAAACAGUUUGUCCUCAUAUUCUUCGUUAUCUUACCACUGCUGUCAUUACCAAUAAAAGACGCAAGAAUGUUCUUAAAGAUCUGGUGCGUGUUAUUCAACAGGAGUCCUAUGCCUAUCAAGACCCGAUAACAGAAUUCCUUCAGGAUUUGUAUGUAAAUUUCGACUUUGAUAAAGCUCAACUCAAACUGAGAGAGUGUGAGGCCGUACUUCAAAAUGACUUCUUUUUGGUUGCCUGUCAAAACGAUUUCAUAGAUAAUGCCCGCCUUUUCAUCUUCGAGACCUUCUGUAGGAUACAUGAAUGCAUUAGCAUAGAUAUGCUGGCUAAUAAAUUGAACAUGAGCAGUGAAGAGGCUGAAAAGUGGAUUGUUAAUUUGAUUAGGAAUGCCCGAUUGGACGCAAAGAUAGAUUCUCAAUUGGGACACGUAGUUAUGGGUACUCAAGCCGUUUCUCCAUACCAACAGGUCAUAGAAAAAACAAAAGCGUUAGCUUUCCGCUCUCAAGUUUUGGCAAUGAAUGUUGAGAAACGUUAUUCUGUUCGAUCAGAACCACCGAAAUGGGAAGCUUAA